GACAGCAUGACGGCUCACGAAUCGUACGGAUUCAUCGGGACGUGGGAGAUUGUGGAGUCGCAUCUGGAAGGCACCACAGAGAAGCUGGGUCUCGAAGGCAUCAAGUUCCGGCUGGACGAAAUGGGGGACAUUAUCUGGUACAACGAUCUAAUCAACACGACCACAAACUCCCAGAAUGGUAGUGCACGGGAGUCGCAGUACAGCAAUCCACGGCUGAGCACGCUUAACGGGGCGGCCUUCUGUCCGAUCAACGAUUCGGCGGCCGUACUGUUCAGCUGCGAAACUUUCGAGGUGGUGGAGCUGUCGUCUAAUGGCCCGGGACUCAUCUUCGGUGCGUACACCGGGCAUAGCAUCGAGUUUCGCACCAACCAUUACAAUCCGGGCGAGCAGAUGUCGUUGCGGUGUGAUUGCUGGUGCGAGCUGCACUGUCAGCGCGUGAAGGAGGACCAGUCGGUCGGGCAGGAGGAACCGUUCACGCUGAUCUCCGUGCUGGACGAUGGCAACUUCUGUGAUGUGACUCUCAAGAGUUGUGAUAAUGUAAUCUACAACGUUCACUCGCCGAUUCUGCGUUUGAAUGGAUUCGAUUGCAGUAGUAUGACGGCGGCCUCCACCUACCAACAUCUCGCAAGCCGGUUCGAGUGUGCGGAGGCACAGGCACAACAGGUAGCGGCCGCCCAUCCACCGUUGAUGAAGGUUUCCUCGGUACCGUGCGCACGGGCCGUUCGCACCGGCAGCAACACGUACGGCCGUGGGUCGCCCGCAAUGAUGUGCAGCGUGAGUGCGAACGCCACCCCAAGCUUGCACCCGAGCGCGCACGCCAGCCCAACGAUACUGAAUCCCAACUUUCUCCUACCGCCAACGUCGCUCGACUCGUACAACCUGUCGCCGAAGCUGGUGGCCAACAUAUCGAACUCGUUCAACUGUCUGAUGCCGACGGAAGCGAACGGUGCCGACGGUGCUAACACGUCCUCCAUCUUUCUCGAUGUGCCAAAGCGGACCGCUCAUCAAACGUCUUCGUGUUCGGACUCGAACCUGCACAUCGAUCGGAACGUGUUCUUCUUCCCGGACGCGGUACCGGUAAGCUGUCGGGUGAAGUUUAAACCACCGUCGUCGCCGUUCCGUGCGCGGAGUCCCUCGCCGUUUCCGGUGACGACGCUCGAUACGCCACCAUCAUCACCGUUGACGCCGCUGUCGGUGUUGAACAACAUACCGGCGAAGAUGCUGUCCACGAUCCUGCACUGGCUGUACUGCGAGUGUUUGCCGGACCAGCUGGAUGAGGAGACCUGCAUACAGCUGAUCAAUAUGUGCGAAAGUACGACACCGCUCAGCCGUAUGAGCGAACCGUGCAAAAACUAUCUGCGUAACAUACAGCUCAAGAAAUUUGUAAUCGACAUUAUCAACGAUCUGCACGAUAGUCUGAACAACAUGAUACAGAUGGUCAAUCCGAGUACCAUCUCGCACAGUCCCUGUGUUUUGUGUCAGGUGUUUAAGGAAGGCGUUAAAGAGUGUCUCACAGCAUUCGUUAAGCUGCUCCAGUUCUGCAACAUCUUCACUAAGGACGCUACAACCUUCACACGUCAGCAGAGGCAUGAGAUCAUCAAGUACGUUCGAACCCGAAUGCCAAUCUAUCUGUCGCAGGUGCAUCAACUGCUGCAGAACGUUCACCUUGUCCUGGGCAGUCUGUCACCGGACGAUCGGAACGAUCUCGUUUCCUACCUGGUACCGGAAAUUACCAGCGCCCUGGAGAUACUAACCUCUGCCGUGUCCGAAAUUAAACUCUCCCUGGAAGUGGUCUGCAAGGAUCUGAAAAGCAGUCAGCAGGAGCAGCAACAGCAACAGCAGAAGCUGCACGAAACCUCCGUACAGCCUCAAGGACGUUCGCCCACCGGCAAUCGUAGUGGUGGCUGUGGACGAAGCACCCAGUACGCAUCGUUACCGGGCAACCGUACCGGUACCGAACGUGCGCGUAGUCACGGGCGUACCACAACCCCCACCACCACCAUGCAGUCCCGGCUCGGACAGAGCACGUCCGAGUCCGACCUAAAGUUCUUCCUGUACAUGUACGAGGUGAAGAAGAUGCGUGAUAUUUACGGGCGUGUGACGAAUGCGCUCGAGGUGCUACUACACAAGAAGAACACGUUUAACGAGAUGAAUCUGCUGCACCAGCAUCAAACGGUGCGGCGUAAUUUAGAACAGUUGGCGAUGGAGGUACCGGCUGCGAUCGGCCAGCUGGAGGAGCUUUGCGAUACGAUUGACGAGAAGAUUGGCUGGAAGGAGUUUAAGUUUUGCUUCAAGUUUCUCACCAGUCAAGUGAAUGGUAUUGUUUCAAAACUGCUCGAACACAAGUCUGCCCUAAACGACGCAAUGUUCUAUAUCUCCACUCUCGUGCAGAAGGAACAGUUUACCUGUGCACUCGUUGAGUUGGGUCUGCUAGACAAGCGUAGCGUCGAACCGGCCCUACUGCACGAGUGUGCUGCCCGGCGCAGUGCCGUACGUUCCAGCAGCCAGCGUCAGCUCGAAUAUGCUACCGUCAAGAUGAAUUUAGUGCAGAAUCUUUGCGAAUCGCCAACCGCAUCGCACAGCAGCCUGUCGAAGAAUGCGCUAAAGUUGCUACAUUCGGGCCAGCUGGCGGACAUGGAGUUUGAGGUGGUGGUGUCGCAGAUGGAUCAGCACCACGAAACGGUGACGCCGACGACGGCGGCCACGUCAUCGUGCGACUUCAGCCCGGACGAGGGCCUAUUGCUCAAUGGUGCGAACGGCAAGGGUGCUAAUGGAGGUGGUGGCGGUGGAGUUGGCAACGAAACCGCAACGGCUGUGAAUGCUUCCAGUAGUACCGGUAGUAACGGUAGCCAUGCUAAGGGUGGCAAUACGCGUGGCGCCCAGUCGCACUGCUUCAAGGCACACCGUGUGAUAGUGGCGGCACGGUGCGACUGGUUCAAGAAGGCGCUACUGUCCGGGAUGCAGGAGGACAUUAAUCGUAAGAUUAUUAUUUACGAUACCUCACCGGUAAUCUUCCGCCGGUUACUACUCUACCUGUACGGUGCACCAGUGGAUCGGUCGGUUGGUGUUGAUCAGCUGUGUGAGCUGAUGCUGCUCGCCGAUCGGUAUUCGGUCGACAAUCUGAAGGCUAUCUGCGAGCAAACGUUGGUCGCAUCGAUCGACAGUGAAUCGGUCAUCUGUCUGUACGGCAUCUCGGAUCGGUUCAAUGCGGCCGCACUGAAGGCACGGUGUCUGUCGUACCUGUCGCAGCACACCGAACUGACGCAGCUUGACAUCUUCCAGGAACUGCCAGUGUAUCUGCAGAACGAGGUGCAGGAGUUGAUACGCUGGUGCGGACGUGCACCGGAACCGUGGUGCGAUCGGGGACCGGACCGCUCCAGGUCGGAUCGUGGCUCACGCCACAGUCUUAAGAGUCCGUCAAAAGCGUCCAAAUCGUCACGGUCGCGCAAAACGUCACCAUCCUUCAUGUGACCGUGAUGCCGUUACACUCAACCGAA